AAUGCAUCAAUUCAGUCAUCUCAAAUCCCGAAUCCAAUGGCGCAAAUCCCGGGUUAUUACCUACCUAUUGUAUGCGACAUUUAUCAGCCUAUGCUUUUCCUUCGACUUCCUCUAAAUUCGGCAUUGUCGAAGCCCGCUGAAGUAAGCAUAGAUCGCAAGCUUACACAACGUACCAACGUCUGCUGCAACACCGAACAUCUGACUUGUCACGAAGUUGUAGAUCUGUGGCAAACCUUACAAACAACCGAAAAGGAAACAUCUCAUGUGGCCAUGUCCUUGGGGUCCCUUUUUUCUUCUUCUUUUCUUUUCUUUCUUGGCUCAUUGCUGCCUACGACACCAUCUACUAAGUAUAGUUAUUAUUUUCGGCUUCUUUUCUGAUAAGUUUUUCUCUUUGGUCUUAUCCGACGUCAUACUACGGAAACGCGUUUAGAGCACCUUGUCCGUAUUUAGCACUUUCGC